AUGGUAAGCUAUAAUAUUAUGACAAAAGAUCAAUCAGUAUCAAAAUCAACAAUAUUUCAUGAAUCAAUCAUUUUCGCAAACGCACCAACAAGUAUACUACAACAAUGGAUUUAUACAACAGAAUACAUUGCCACCUGCUCUCACUCCCCAGCCAUCCAACAUGAUGGUCGGUGGCGGAAUGAAUCCACAACAACAGCAAAUGGGCCAAAUGGGUCAAAUGAAUCAAAUGAACCAAAUGAAUCAAAUGGGUGGAAUGGGUGGAAUGAACCAACAGCAGAUGGUAGGAGGAGGUGGCUACAACAACCAACAGCAGAUGGUUGGAUCGGGUGGCAACGGCCAAAAUAUGAUGAUGCAGCCAUCCUAUAA